GGGCAGGUCUGAUCCGCACACAGGACUCAAGCAGGAACUACAGAGGUUCAUAGUAGGCUGUUUUAAACCCUGGAGGACAUACUCCUCCCGUAAUCCGUGUAAAUUGAUCGGAUUAUCGACAGGAAUACAGAAAUCUGCAUGAACAUUUCUUUGAGAAGACUGGAGCACCACGCAUAUGAUGAGAAACUUUGCGAAGUGGAUCUCACGCGGAAGUUUCACGCCGAGCAAGAGUUUCACGCGGGUGCACCGCUUAAAUUGCGGAUUUACUUUGGAUCUUGUGUGGAUCUAUUAUGUAUCAAGUAUGGAUAUAACAUGUGCUUGAGUUCAAAACUUUGUGUUAUUGGAACAGAGUUUGAUGGUUUCGAUCAGACCGCAAAAAUGUUGCCACGCAGUCGUGUUUGAGUUCAGGGGGUUUACUGCUUGAAGGGCUGCCGCCCUAUGGCUACAUUCACACACUCCGUGUUUGGAAUGGACAAACAUGUUUACUAAAGAGCGUUCAUCUUCUCAAAUUGUGUAUAUUACAGCAGACGCGCACGGAAUGCAUUUUGUAUGAAACAGGUAAACCACAGUCAAGUCUUGUUUCCAUUCUCGCGGUAGUUUGGAGUAGCUCCUGUAACCAUAGUAACAGAGAGCGAUUUUUAUUCGUCGCUGUUCAGCACUUCGCGCCACUAUCGCUAUUUUUAUUCUUUGGAUAUGUUACUAAAAUAUCCCAGUUACACAUUAACCCAUUCAGCUUUUUUGGUGUUCCCCCAUUCGCCUAAAUACUUAACAGAAAUUAUGUCUUUUUUCUAAUUCAGUUACGACUCCUGAAUUUUUCAGGUAGUCACUUCAGUUCUAGAAUGCGGAGUCACUCUCUUUCAGAAGCCAACUAAUAGUGAACACUCCAAACAAGAUUGAGAAGCCUAUUCUGCUGCUGGAUGAAUGUAAAUCCACUGUAUAGUGUUUAAAAUGAAGUUCAGGAAGUAUUUUAGGGGCAGCGGAAGAGUUCUGGCAUUUGUGUUUAUUGCUUCUGUAAUCUGGCUCCUCUUUGACAUCGCAGCACUCCGGAUAUCGAUUAAUGAUGUGAAUCAGGAUCUCAAAGAGCGAGAGAUUGUACGAAAACAGGGAAGGAGAAAAGACAAUGUAGAGAAUGUGGUGUUCAAACAUCCAUUGCAAAAAGAAAAUGUGGACAAGAUUGGGAAUUUUAAAAACCCCAUUAAGUUUGAAAGGAAAAUUGAUGAGGUUUACAAAAAGUUGCCAAAGGCAAAGCCAGAAACAAAAGCUCCGCUAAAACAAGAUAUUCGAGUGAAUCCAAAGUUAAAGGCUGGCAAUUUUUUUGUGGUACAAAAAUAUGCUAUUAAUCAAAGCAAAGUGCAUUUAACCGUGAAAUCAUCUGUGAAAGAAACUAUUCUCAACAACCCCGAAUGGAGCAAUGAAACAAAAACUAUGAUGAAUGUCAAAGUUAACAAUGUAACUUCAAAGAUUACUGAAAUAAAGAAAGAAAAGCAUGUGGUUUCUAAAGCGCCACCUGCAGUACAGGAGGGAAAACAUAUUUUACCACUCAAAGAAAAGAGUAUGAGGACAGUACAUCACACUAAUGCAACACUAGUAACACUACUUAGCGAAGUACAUGCAGAUGCUGGUUUACACAAGAACUUGAGUAAUAAUUUGCUGAAACCUGCUGAGAGCGCUAAACCAAAAAGUAUUAUUGAUGAUACAGAGAAACAUGUCAACACUUUCAACAAAACUGAAACACAUUUUACUAAAAAACCAAAUGAACUGAAGCUGCAGGACCAUGCCGAUGAGGCAUCAAAGGUAUUGAACUCAACAGUUGUGAGGGUCAGGAGGUCAGGUGGGCUUCAUAAGGUCAUGGCCCUGGAUCUGACCGACAAGCCCAGAGACUCACGGGCUGUGGGACAGUUUGGGCAGCCUGCAAGUGUCCCCAGAGAUAAAGAGCUGGAGAGCCGAAGACGCUGGAGCGAAGGACAUUUUAAUGUUUUCCUGAGUGAGCAGAUACCAAUAGACAGGGCCAUUCCAGACACCAGACCCCAAACAUGCUCAGAGAGCCUUGUUCAUGAUGACCUGCCCUCUACCAGCGUGAUCUUCUGCUUUGUGGAUGAGGUUUGGUCCACUCUGCUCCGAUCAGUCCACAGUGUACUCAACAGAUCACCUCCACACCUCCUGAAGGAGAUAAUUUUGGUGGACGACUGCAGCACCAAAGACUAUCUGAGGGAGCAGUUGGAUGUGUAUAUGUCUCAGUUCCCUAAAGUACGAAUCAUUCGGCUGAAAGAGAGGCAGGGUCUCAUCAGAGCCAGGAUGGCAGGAGCUGCUGCUGCUACAGGUGAAGUGUUGACAUUUCUGGACUCGCAUGUUGAGUGUAAUGUGGGUUGGCUGGAGCCUCUGUUAGAGAGAGUUUACCUGGACCGCAAGAAAGUGGUGUGUCCUGUUAUUGAGGUCAUCAGUGAUAAGGACAUGAGUUAUAUGCUGGUUGAUAAUUUCCAAAGAGGCAUUUUCCGAUGGCCGCUGGUGUUUGCCUGGAGCGCUCUGCCUGAGGAAUAUAUCAGACAGAACCACGUGAAGGAUUCUGACCCCAUCAGGUGUCCUAUUAUGGCUGGGGGUCUUUUCUCAAUAGAUAAGAACUAUUUUUAUGAGUUGGGGGCAUAUGACCCAGGCCUGGAUGUGUGGGGAGGAGAAAACAUGGAAAUCUCUUUCAAGAUCUGGAUGUGUGGUGGCGAGAUUGAGAUCAUCCCCUGCUCACGUGUGGGACACAUCUUCCGUGGUGAUAACCCUUACAAGUUCCCUAAAGAUCGGGUAAAGACAGUGGAAAGGAACUUGGCCAGGGUGGCAGAGGUGUGGCUGGAUGAAUAUAAAGAGCUGUUUUACGGUCACGGCUACCACCACCUGUUGGACAAGAGCGUGACUGAUAUAGGAAACCUGACUGAACAGAUUGAGCUGAGAGAGAAACUCAAGUGUAAGAGCUUUAAAUGGUACCUGGAGAAUGUGUUCCCAGACCUGGAUGCCCCUCUGGUCAAAGCUGAAGGACUGAUUUUCAACGUUGGAAACAGAAAAUGUUUGGUAUCUCAAAAUGGCAUUUUGUCCUUUGAUAAAUGUGAUCUCACAAAUAAGAGUCAACACUUCAGCUACACCUGGUUAAGGAUGCUUAGACAAAACACUUCCUGUGUAGCUUCUCAGGAGACACGUGUGAUCAUGAAGCCAUGUGACAACACUAAGCCAGAGCUCCGCUGGAUACACAAGUCUGAUAAAGCACUGACGGAGCAUCUGAAGAUGGGGGGCAGUUUCCGACCCAUCUGUCUGGAGGCUGGAGUUAAAGCUGAUGCCGUCUUCCUGAAGGACUGUGAUGCCAUCAACACUUUACAGAAAUGGCAGUUCACACACUACUACGCUCAGUGAUGUUAGACUGUCACUCACUCAAGUCUGGCCCUCAAGGAUCCUUACGUAGUUGUACUUCACUAUCACCACUCACUCCUUUUGGUUUUGUUGUGUUUUUUUCUCUUGCUUUAAGUGGAGGUUUUCAAAUGUGUGCACAAUUGUGGUUUAAGAGAGAGGUUUUUGUCUGUGCAAUGUCCUUGUUCAUUUGUGAAAUACAGAUGUUUUUUGUUUUGUUUGUUUUUUGUUUUUUCCUUUGUCUUUGACAUUCUUACUCGAAUGUGUUCAGGGUUCAGUACUGGUUAUUGGUAUUUUGAGGGUUUGGGUGAGAAAUGCCUUUGGAAAUGGAUAUCUUAUUUUAAAAGAGCAAAUGAAAUAAAUAUUUUGCACAACAGAAACCCUAUUGAAGAUUUUGACAAUAAAAUUAAUGUUGAAUGUA